AUGAUAGAACAAAAAGGCAAUCUCGUACUUUUAAUCAGAUCAAUUAGAAACGAGGACAAAUUGAGGCUAAAUCAGUAUUUUGUAUUAAUGCAGGGAAAACGCGCAUUGAGAUUCGACAUUUCGGAUGGGGAGCUCGCGAUGAAAGUCGAUCAAGAAGACUGCAAAUGUCCCACAGAGAUUUACGUAUUUCAACGAAAUGGGAUAGCGAGAGGCCAAAACGCCAGACGAAGACAGCUCGUUGACUCAUAUACAUCUAAUGUCUUAGAAACAAAGGCAACCACCAAUCAGAGCACGAUAUUAGAGUGGAAAGGAAUUCAAUUUAAUUUCCUUGCCCUUGAUGUAUCGAUAAUCGUUGAUAUUGAGUUUUAUCUUUCGAAGCCAAUUCCACCCCCGAAGCAGAAAAGGCUCCGAGAACGACCGUUACCUCCCGUGCUUCCAAAACCACAAGUUACAAGUAACCCAUACCAGAACAAAAGCCAAGAACAAGCAAAGAAGGCAAAGGACAACUCUGAAGCAACUACAGCUGAUAAGUCGCAUAGUAGAGUGCAUUUUUUUCCGCGCCAUUGGAGGAAGUCCAAAAAAACCAGACCUAAAGAACAAAACGUCAUAUUCUAUGGUGAAAACGACUUAAUUCUUUACCAGAAAAACAUCAGCAGCUCCAGCUCCGAGAGCCCGUCAAGUUAUGAGCAUGGUGAAAUUACACUCCACGACGAAGAAUCUCAAUCUAGUGAACAAACUCCAGAGGUUUACAAAUUUAUCAAGAAAAAUCAAUACAAGCCGGCAUUUGACGAGAUUUUAGACCUUAAUGUCACACCAAGGGAUUACUUCUCCAGAAUCGAGCAAAGUGAGCCGAAAAGAGUCACGCCAAAUGUUUUACAUCGCUUUCCUCCGGGCAACGUAAGAAUUACAGGGUAUAUAGGCUGUGGUAAAUGGAGUAAAGGUAAACUUUCAAUGGAGGCUUUAAAUUGGUAUCUAAGGCCUUCUGUGAACCCUUUACCAUCCCCACCCUUGCCUCCAAAGUGUCCAGUUCAUAUGCUUUGGGAAGAGUUCUAUUUGAUUUGUGAUCGGAGAAGAGAUUUUAAGUCAAAAUGA